AUGAUUACAUGCAUAUUAAAAAUAUCCAUAUCAUCUUUCAUUGUCCUCCGUAUCUUUUCAUUUCUUUGGUUUAGCCGGUGGUUUUGCUGCGGGCUUUGCGGUCGGUUUUGGUUUAGAUGUUGGUUUUGUUGUUGGUUUCAAUUUUGGUUUCGUUGCCGGUUUUACUGUCGGUUUGAUACCGGUUUUGAUGUUCGCUUUGCUGCCGGUUUUGCUGCUGAUUUGACCAUCGGCUUUACAAUCGGUUUUGAUAGUGGUUUUGCUACCUUUUUAGAUGUUGGUUUAGAUGAUGGUUUUGCUACCGGUUUAGAUAUUAGUUUUGCUGGCGGUUUUGUAACUGGCUUUGCUACCGACUUUGAUGUUGGCUUUGAUACUGGUUUUACCAUAGGUUUUGAUACUGGUUUUGAUGUUGGCUUGCCUGCUGUUUUUUCUAUCGGUUUUGAUACAGGCUUUGCAGUUGGUUUUGCUAUCAGCUUUACAGUCGGUUUUGAUGCGGGUUUUCCUACCGGCUUUUUUGUCAGUUUAGAUGUUGGUUUUGUUGCCGACUUUGUAAUUGGCUUUGCUACCGGCAUUGGUGUUGGUUUUGAAGUCGAUUUUGCUACUGACUUUGAUACUUGUUUUGCCACCGGUUUUGCUGUCAGUUUUGAUGUUGGCUUUGCUGGCGGUUUUUCUAUCGGUUUUGCUGCUGAUUUUGCAAACGGUUUUACAGUCGGUUUUGAUGGUGGAUUUGAUGCAAGUUUUUUCGUCGGUUUAGAUGUUGGUUUUGUUGUCGGUUUUGUAACUAGCUUUGCUGCGGGCUUAGAUGUUGGUUUUGCCAUCGAUUUUGCUACCGGCUUUGAUACUGGUUUUGCCUUCGGUUUGGCUUUUGGUUUUGAUGUUGGCUUCGCUGCCGGUUUUGCUGUCGGUUUUGCUACUGGUUUUACAGUCGUUUUUGAUGUUGGCUUUGCUUCUGACUUUUUUGUCGGUUUAGAUGUCGGUUUUCUAACUGGCUUUGCUACCGACUUUGAUAUUGGUUUUGUUGUUGACUUUGAUAUUGGUUUUGCCACUGGUUUUGUUGUCGGUUUUGAUGAUGGCUCAAUUGUUGGCCUUGUUGUUGGUUUACCUGCUUCUUUGGAUGAUGGUUUAGCUAUUGAUUUUGUUGUUGGUUUAGAUAUCGGUUUUGUUACAGGUUUAUUCGUUGGUUUAGUUGAUGGUUUAACUACCGAUUUAGAUGUUGGUUUAGUUGAUGGUUUAGAUGACGGUUUAGAUGAUGGUUUAGAUGUCGAUUUAGUUGUUGUUGGCUUUGUUGUUGAUGGGUUGGCUGUUGAUUUAGAUGUCGGUUUAGGUGUUGGUUUAACUGUUGGUUUUGUUGAUGGUUUAGAUGUUGGUUUCGAUGAUGGUUUAGAUGCUGAUACAGUUGAUGGUUUAGAUGUCGGUUUAGAUGAUGGUUUAGACGUCGAUUUAGUUGAUGGUUUAGAUAUCGGUUUAGAUGAUGGUUUAGAUGUCGGUUUAGAUGAUGGUUUAGAUUUCGGUUUAGUUGAUGGUUUAGAUGUCGAUUUAGAUGAUGGUUUAGACGUUGAUUUAGUUGAUGGUUUAGAUAUCGGUUUAGAUGAUGGUUUAGAUGUCGGUUUAGAUGAUGGUUUAGAUUUCGGUUUAGUUGAUGAUGGAUUAGUUGUAGGUUUAUUUGAUGUUUUCGUAGGCACUGGUUUAUCUUGGGAAAUACCUCCACCCGGAAAACUUCCACCUGAUGCAUCUCCACUAGGUAUAGGUUCAUUUGGUGUAGGUCCACCCGGUGCAAGUCCAUUCAUUGCAUCUCCAUCCGGUGAAGGCCCACUUAGUGAAGGCCUGCUCGGUAUACGUAGUUUUGGUAUAAGUCCUCUAAGUAUACGUCCUCUCGGUAUUAGUCCUCUCGGUAUAAGUCCACCCAAUAUUGAACCAUCCAAGGCAGAUGCAUCUGAUGCUGAUCCAUCUAAUGCAGGCCCACUCGGUAUAAGUCCACUAAGUAUUGAUCCACCUGUUGCUGGUGCAUCCGAUGAAGGUCCACUUGGAAAACUACCACCUGAUUUAUCUCCACCAGGUAAAGGUUCAUCUGGUGAAGGUCCACUCGUUGAAUCUCCACCAAGUGAAGGUCCACUUGGUGUGGACCCACUUGGUGCAGGCAGUCUUGGUAUAAGUCCUCUUGGAAAAAGUCCUCUUCGUAUACGUCCUCUCGGUAUAAGUCCUUUCGGUAAAAUUCCAUCCAAUAUCGAUCCAUCAAGUGCACUUGCAUCUGAUGGAGGUCCACCUGAUGAACCUGCAUCUGCUGAAGGUUCACCCGAUGUAGGCAUAUUUGGUAUAAGUCCACCAAUCAUAGAUCCACCUGUUGAAGGUGCAUCCGAUGGAGAUCCACCCGAAAAACUUUCACUUGAUAUAUCUCCACUAGGUAAAGGUCCAUCUGGUGUAAGUCUACUCGGUGCUGGUCCACCCGGUGUUGGUCCAGUCAUUGCAUCUCCACCUGGUGAAGGUCCACGCGAUGCAGGCCCACUUGGUGCAGGAAGUCUCGGUAUAAGUCCUCUCAAUAUUCGUCGUCUCGGUAUAAGUCCUUCUGGUAUAAGUCCACCCAAUAUCGAUUUGCCUGUUGCAGGUACAUCUAUUGGAGGUCCACCUGAUGAAGGUGCAUCUGAUGGAGGUCCACCCGAUGUAGGCCCAUUUGGUAUAAGUCCACCAAUCAUAGAUCCACCUGGUGAAAGUGAAUCCGAUGGAGAUCCAGCAGGAAAACUUCCACUUGAUAUAUCUCCACUAAGUAAAGGUCCAUCUUGUGUAAGUCCACUCGGUGUUGGUCCAGUCAUUGCAUCUCCACCUGGUGAAGGUCCACUCGAUGCAGGCCCACUUGGUGCAGGAAGUCUCGGUAUAAGUCCUCUCAAUAUUCGUCGUCUCAGUAUAAGUCCUUUUGGUAUAAGUCCAUCCAGUAUUGAUUCGCCCGUUGCAGGUACAUCUAUUGGAGGUCCACCUGAUGAAGGUGCAUCUGAUGGAGGUCCACCCGAUGUAGGCCCAUUUGGUAUAAGUCCACCAAUCAUAGAUCCACCUGGUGAAGAUGCAUCCGAUGGAGAUCCACCCGGAAAAUUUCCACUUGAUAUAUCUCCACUAGGUAAAUGUCCAUCUGGUGUAAGUCCACUCGGUGUUGGUCCUCCCGGUGUUGGUCCAGUCAUUGCAUCUCCACCUGGUGAAGGUCCACUUGAUGCAGGCCCACUUGGUGCAGGAAGUCUCGGUAUAAGUCCUCUCAAUAUUCGUCGUCUCGGUAUAAGUCCUUUUGGUAUAAGUCCACCCAAUAUCGAUUUGCCCGUUGCAGGUACAUCUAUUGGAGGUCCACUUGAUGAAGGUGCAUCUGAUGGAGGUCCACCCGAUGUAGGCCCAUUUGGUAUAAGUCCAUCAAUCAUAGAUCCACCUGGUGAAGGUGCAUUCGAUGGAGAUCCACCUGGAAAACUUCCACUUGAUAUAUCUCCAGUAGGUAAAGGUCCAUCUGGUGUAAGUCCACCCGGUGCUGGUCCACCCGGUGAUGGUCCAGUCAUUGCAUCUCCACCUGGUGAAAGUCCACUCGAUGCAGGCCCACUUGGUGCAGGAAGUCUCGGUAUAAGUCCUUUUGGUAUAAGUCCACCCAAUAUCGAUUGGCCCGUUGCAGGUACAUCUUUUGGAGGUCCACCUGGUGAAGGUGCAUCUAAUGGGGGUCCACUCGUUGUAGGCCCAUUCGAUAUGCCCGUUGUAGGUGCAUCUGAUGGAGAUGCACUCGAAAAACUUCCACUUGAUAUAUCUCUACCAGGUAAAGGUCCAUCUGAUGUAGGUCCACCCGGUGCUGGUCUACCCGGUGCUGCUCCACCUGGUGUUGAUCUAUCCAAUGUAGGUGCAUCUGAUAGAGGUGCAUCAGGUGAAGGUGCAUCUGAUGGAUGUCCACCCGAUGUAGGUCCAUUCGACAUAUGUCUACUAAGCAUAGAUCCACCUGUUGUAGGUGCAUCUGAUGGAGGUCCACCAGAUGAAGGUGCAUCCAAUGGAGGUCCACCCGAUACAGAUUCAUUUGGUGGAGAUCCACUUUGUGCAAGCCCACUCGGUAUAGAUCCACCUAUUGUAGAUGCAUCUGAUGGUGAUCCAUUUGGUGCAGGUUCACCUGAUGAAGAUCCAUCUAACGAAAAUGCAUCCGGUGAAGGUGCAUCUGGUGAAAGUCCACCUUGUUCAGAUGUAUCUUGCAAAGGUCCAUCCAGUGCAGGUGCAUCCAUUGGAUGUUCACUCGAUAAUGGUGCAUCUACUCCAAGUUCUCCCGAUACAUUUCUUUCAAAUGUAUUUCCAUCCGAUAAAUCUUCACCGGAUGCAUUCUCACCCGAUGUAGCUGCACUAGUUACAUUACCAUCUGGUAAAGAUCCAUUUGAUAUAUCUCCACCCAUUGUAGCUCUACUCGAUGUAUCCCCCCUUGGUAAAACUUCAUCCGAUGCAUAUUCAUCCGGUAUCAGUCCAGGAAUUUUCGAAAAGUCUUUCCCUUUAGUAAAACUACAGACAAUUGAAUACAUGUAG